AUGUCCGUAUGGACCCGCGCUUGCAAAGCGGAGCUGCUGCUGGAGUUGCUACUAAGGGAACGUUCGGUGUGGGUAGUGGCGGAGCUGAGCAGAGAAGCGUUGAGCCUAAAGGCGGAACCGAGAAGCAGCGGCGGCGAAGCGGCGGUGGUUAACUGCAACGCGGAAGAGGGGUCCGGUUGCAUGCGGAGGGUGCGGGUGGUGAAGGUGGAGGCGGGAGGGUUCGGUAUCAGCAUCAAGGGAGGUUGGGAGAAUCGUAUGCCGGUGCUCAUCUCACGUAUCUUCCCGCGGUUGGCGGCGGAACGGAGCGGGACGCUCCGUCUCAGCGACUCCAUCCUCGCCGUUAAUGGAGUCGAUCUCCGGGAUGCUACCCACGAUCAAGCUGUCCAGGUGCUGAAGCGAGCCGGGAAGGAAGUCAUCCUCGAAGUGAAGUUCAUGUGGGAGGUGACCCCCUACAUCAAGAAGUUCUCACUGGUGUCGGAAUUGCUGAGUAGCUCAAGAGAGGAUGCCUUCAACACCUGUGAUAAAGACAUAAAUAGGAGUGAGUUCGUAUGUCACAACACCUGA